CCUCCCGUUGGGGGAGCUCCUGCCGGCCUCAUGAUGAAGGAGGAAGGCCUGCUUAGUCGUCGCCGUUUCUCCACGUGCGGCGGGACAGCAUCGCUUCGACCUCCACACCCGGACGGACGCAAACUCAUCCGCAAUGCCUCGUUCGGGGGCUAUAACGAGCUGUCACCCAUCUCGCUGCCAGGUUUUGAGAGAGGGAAGGAGGACCUCUUGCCACUGCCUUUGAAAGAGGACUCUCAUUCCAUAUCUAAGAGCAAGUCUGAAACAAAGCUGUACAAUGGUUCAGACAAGGAUGUGUCGGCGUCUGGGGGGAAGCUCACCAAAAAGGAGUCCCUCAAGGUGCAGAAGAAGAACUACAGGGAAGAAAAGAAGAGGGCAACCAAGGAGCUGCUCAGCACCAUCACUGAUCCUUCUGUCAUCGUCAUGGCCGACUGGCUAAAGAUCCGUGGCACUCUGAAAAGCUGGACCAAGCUGUGGUGUGUGCUGAAGCCAGGCGUCCUGCUCAUCUACAAAACUCACAAAAACGGGCAGUGGGUGGGAACGGUGCUGCUCAAUGCCUGCGAGCUCAUCGAAAGGCCCUCCAAGAAGGACGGCUUCUGCUUCAAGCUCUUUCACCCCCUGGAGCAGUCCAUCUGGGCUGUCAAGGGUCCUAAAGGAGAAGCAGUUGGCUCCAUCACGCAGCCGUUACCCAGCAGCCACCUCAUUUUCCGUGCUGCCUCUGAGUCUGAUGGCCGAUGCUGGAUGGAUGCCUUGGAGCUGGCCCUGAAGUGCUCCAGCCUGCUGAAGAGGACCAUGAUCCGUGAGGGGAAGGAUGACAUGAGCACUGUAGGCACUGGUGGGGAACACUCCAUUAAUUUCUACAGCCUCCUCAGAGCCCACAACAUACACGGUUUCCAGUUCAAUGACAGCGACCAUUUGAAAGACCCGGACCUGUACUCGGACAAGUCAGAUCGGGAAGGAGAGCAGGACCACGAGGAGUCAGAUCCAGAGGGGCUGGAGAAAAGUGAGGAGAGUGACAGCGACACAUCAGAGCGUCAGGAUGACUCGUACAUUGACCUGGACCCAAAUGAGCAUCUGCGUGAAACCCCAUACCUGGAACAGUCCCAGGAAGAGUUAGGAGAGGCUGGUGAAGCUGCUCAGACAGAAACUGUAUCAGAGGAGAACAAGUCUCUGAUCUGGACCCUGCUGAAGCAGGUUCGGCCUGGCAUGGACCUGUCUAAGGUUGUGUUACCCACUUUUAUCCUGGAGCCAAGAUCCUUUCUGGACAAACUCUCUGAUUACUACUUCCAUGCAGACUUCCUGUCAGACCUGCAGAUAGUGGCAUCAGACUGUAUCCUGUAUGGAACCAUGACUCUGGAGCUGGGUGGUCAUGUCACCAUUGCUUGUGAGAAAACAGGCUACAGUGCACAGCUGGAGUUCAAACUGAAGCCUUUCCUGGGCAGCAGUGACUGUGUUAAUCAAAUCUCUGGAAAGAUCAAGCUGGGAAAGGAGGUGUUAGCUACACUAGAAGGACACUGGGAUAGUGAGAUCUUCAUUAAUGAUAAGAAGACUGGGAUAGUGGACACUUUCUGGAACCCCACGACGGAGCUGAGGCAGAGCCGACUGACUCGUUGCACCGUCCCACUAGAGGAGCAGGGAGAGUCUGAGGCAGAAAGACUGUGGCAACACGUGACACGAGCCAUCAACAACAAGGACCAGACCGAAGCCACCAAUGAGAAGUUCAUACUGGAGGAAGCUCAGAGGAAGUCGGCGCGUGAGCGGAAAGCCAAAUGUGAGGAGUGGAGUCCUGCCCUGUUCGAGCAGGACCCCAUCACCGGAGAGUGGCAUUACAAAUAUGCCGACACAAGGCCUUGGGAUCCACUCAACGACCUGAUCCAGUUCGAGAAAGAUGGCUGCAUCCAGACCAAGGUCCGACACCGCACCCCUAUGGUAACGGUGCCAAAGAGGAAACACAAGAGUGACAAGCCCAAGAGCCCAGAGAGCGGCUGCUCCUCACCUGAACCCGACCACCAGGACUCAUCCGGCAGCGAACGACACAAAAGCAAGCAUAACAAUCGGCUGAGGAAAAAAGGAGCAGACCUCAGCGAACUUCAAAGUGCCAUUGAAUCCAUAAAGCAGACGCAGGAGGACAUUAACAGGACCAUCACCGUGCUGCGGAGUCGUGCAGCGAGCCGGGUGGAGGGCAGCUCCUUCCUCCAGCAGCGUGACUACAUCAUCAUCAUUUUUCUCAUCUUCCUUCAGGUCCUGAUCAACUACAUCUUCAAGUAGCAGCCAUACCCCCAGAGACAGCGAUGUCCUCGCACUCACACGCCCUCUGAGCCUCGUGGGGGCGGACUCAGACUUCAACAGUCCUCUCCAACUCUCUUCUCCUCUGUCUUUAUUAGACUCACUCACAUGUAUCCAGAAAAGCAGACUCUUCAACACAAAGAGAGACUUUUUAAAAACAUAUUUAUUUGGAACCAGUCUUUUGGAAAAUCUGGAGAGAUCCUCAGAUUUCAAAGUGGAGAGGAGCAGCGGU